AUGGUCGUUGUACAAAACUUGACCUCCGAGUCAUCGCGACCCUUGGUGAUGCUCUCCGGUGAAAUGAUCUCGUGGGAUCCGCAAUAUUGCCCCUCCCGCUGUCCCCGCGCCUACAACCCUACUCUAUUUCUCACACCCACUAACGCGGGUCAUCGCGGGAAACUGAAAUCGCCCUUUGGCCCUUUGACGUCAUCUCGUACCCGAUACUUGGCCAGAGCGUAUCCGGGACUCCGUACAAUGUCCAGCCAAGGCCCUGGCAACUGGCUAACCUAG